GCAUUCAGUAAGUAGCAUGACUCUGCACUUCUUACGUGACGCUGUCAUCAGUUCAUAAAGGGUUGAGUUCAGUGCAUUUUAGAUCCUCUGAGAAAAAGGUCAGUUACAACAGAAAUUGAAUGGAUCAAGUAAGUCAAACAGGUCUAUACACAUUAAAAACAUUUUCAAAAAGCCAAAUGUGUCCAUUGUCCAUGGAUGAGUAUCUGGUAUUUGAAAAUUAAAUGGUUCACCAGAAAAAAUCUACAAAUUGUGAAAAUGGAACUAACUAAAUGUGUGUAAAUAUUUUAUUUGGAACAUAUCAUGAAAAUGUAACCAUCAAGAUUUAGGCACAGUAUGGAGAAAAAAUUAACAAAAUGUAUAAUCCCCUAGAAUGCUCCAUUCCUGACUAUCACUAAAAAUAUGUACGUAUGUAACUGGUAUAGAUACUCUUUGUAUUGCUAGGUACAUAUUAGAUCAUAUUUUCAUGAAAGAGACAUUAAACAUUUGUAUAAACUCAUGAAGAAUACGUUUUUAGUUAUAGUUCCUGAAAAUUGUGUCACCCUCACCUAGCGCAAAUCAAAUUGCAUAUUUUCAUGUAAUUAUGACAAUUCCGUGAUUUGACCAUGACCAAUAAAUUAGAAAAUGAUAAUUUGAAACCAUCAGGAUUUUGCCUAGUGUAAAAAAGGAGUUGCUCCUGUAGUUUUGGCAGAUUCUUUUUUGCCAGUGGUUCCAGUGUUUAUCCCUUCAUGAUUCUUGAAUACAAGAGUCAUGAAUUACAUACAAUAAUAUAAUAUUUAAUAAACAUUAAUUUUUUUCAAGCACAUGAACAUUUUUGUCACUACCCUGGCGUCACUUCUCUGGCAGUUUCCAUCUCAAAUGUUUUUCUUCUCUUUUUUCCUGCCCGCUACUUUUUGUCGUUUCCUGUUGAUAAACACUAUAAAUAAGAAAGCAACAGCUGUGACCGCUGUCACAAAAAUUUCUAGCUUCCAUACCUUGAGGGUCUGUGUGUCUCUCCAUAAUAAUAAUAAUAAACGGUCUUUAUUCAUCAUUAUAAAUAACUUGAGGAAAGAAAAUUCAAUUCAAAUAAAAUGAUGAAAGGUGUAGUUCAGCCUAAGCUGCUUGUCAACUAAACCCACAAAAACUAACACUCAUACAAAAUAUAUAUAAAAAAAUAUAAUAUACAAUACAAAAUAGAACAUACGAGAACAUCGCCAAUGCUGUUUUUAUCAGAGCACAACUCAUGCAAAAAAGAACAAGACGACUUAAAAAGAAACAUACUGAGAAAUUAUCCUUCAAAAGGUAGCUAGGCUUGGUUAUAUCUUAGGCCCCUGUUCAUGAAGGAUAUCAGCUUUCAGUCUUGUUUUAAAAUUGUAGAGGUUCCGAUUUUUGAGUUCUACUACCAAGCUGUUAUACAGUUUUACUUAAACAGAGCUGUGGAAUGUUUAGGAAUAACCAAAAGAUGUUUAUUGUGAGUAACUUUAUUAUCAGACAGCCUGGUAAGUUUAUUGUGAAAAUAACUGGGUGUACUACUAGUUACAAUAUUGUAUACUGUUGUGAGAAGAUUUCUUAUGUUAAUCGUAGUAAGCCAACCAAAAUCCAUAAAUUUGUCACUUAUGUGGUCAUACUUUCGGAUCUCUAUGAUUAUUUUGUUUCGAAAACGUGAGAGCUGAAUACUUGUUAUUUCUUAUAAAAAAAUAUUGUAAAUAUUUAGCUAAUGAUAUUUAUCAAAGUAACUUUUUCAUACUACUUUGAUACCUUUAAAAGCUGUCAACAUCAAAAUAUUAUCUGACCCUAUCAAAUAUAUAACACACAUCACAUAGUCUUGCAACAUAAUGAAUGUGAAAACAAAAUAAGCUGUGUUUUGCAGUUGACACUGUAAACCUAAAUAUCAUAUUGAAAUAAGAUAUCACAUCUAUUACCAUUACUGAUCCCUGCAAAUCCCAGCCUACUCGCCAUUGAACAUAUAUUCAUCAGCAUAUCUUUUUGGGAUAUACUUUUAAUGAUCUCCAUAAUGUAUUACUUUUUUUCAAAUGCAUAGCAUUAAAGGUUACUUGUACACCAUGCACUAUGUAUCCUUGCAUUUUUAAAUAUCUAUUAUAUUCUAAUAUGGGUUGAUUUGAGGUGUUAUAAAUUCAGAAUCUGUAAUAUAUCCUAUCAUUGCAUUAAUCUGACCUAAAAAAUGAUGAAGAUUAUAUUACUGCCAAAGUAUACAACAAAAGGUUACUUUGAAACAAUGGAUGUUUAACAUAAUAUGCUAUGUAUUGGCAGGUAGAUAAUGAAAAAUUAAUUAAACUCCAUUAACUAUGGAUUGGAAACAUAUUUUAGACAAACUAAACGUGGUGCUUUCGUCAGUCCGAUCUUAUUUCGAAAUUUUAGACAGUCAUUUACAUAUACUAUGAAGUAACUUGGUAAAAUAUUGAUUUUAGGAGGACAAAUUGUUUAGUAAUUUUCUCUAAAUGUUAUUUCUUGGAUGUGAACAAAUAUACAAAGGAAUAUUUAGCUACUCAAAGCACUGAAGCACCCUUAUCAAAAUUUUUAUUCAUACAGGAAAAUCCGAGCCUUCAUACUUCCUGUCAUCAGACCUACGCAAUGACAUCCUCAACAGGAACAUGUUGACACUGCUGCAAGCAGAUCCAACACAGUUUCCUGACCUACCAGCAGAAGUAGACAGCUACCAUGAGUUGUUUCCUGUGGAAGCAAUGCCCAGUGCAGGUGGUCUACACAAACCCCAUAUGGGCUAUCAGGCAUCUAUGUACAAAGUAUGUGAUGAAUUUUGGAGAAUGAAGAACUUUGACUAUAGUGGUAGUCUUCUUUUGUAUCAUAGGAAUUAAUUAUAUAAUCAAAGCUUCUCUAGAAAAAAGUGCCUUAAAGUUAGAAGUAGAAACUCUAAACCAGACAAUGGGAUAUGUUUAUUGGAUUAAGGGGUAACAGCCAAAGAAGUGGGUCAUUUGUCAUUCUUUAUUUGUGGAAGAAAAGGUAAUAAAAUAAUAAUAUUGGAGGAAGUUAUUGAGCAUAUAUUAGUUAAGGAACAAGUACUGUAGCUGCUGCAAAUUAGAUCUGGAAAAAAUGGGGUCAAGUAGGUUGACUGCAUCACCGUUAUCGGUUCAUAAAGGAUUAUUUUCAGCACAAACUUGACCGUGUGAGAAAAAAGUCAGUCAAACUGUUCCAUACAAUUAGUCCACAGACAUUCUUUGGCUGACCUACAUGUAGUCCAUCUGCCAACAUUGCCUUCUUUGAUAGCUGACUCGGUCAGACGUGGCACCGCGGCCACAGUAUAGGAAACAUUAUGUUAUGGCGCGGCGGUAGUACCAGAACAUUUACCAGGACCGGCACGCCGCCGGAUUUCAAGGGCUAAUGAAAGGGCAAAUCUAUGAUGUGUGAAAUAUGUCUAAUAGGUGUGUAGAAUUACUAAAGUUGGAAAGGUAUACAUAUACUAACAUAAAAAAAAUUAGAUAUACCCCCUAUAACUCCCACUCCAAAUUGAAUGACUUUUCCUUAAUUAUCAGAAAAAAAAUUGUGCGCUUUUUAUUCCUUCCGUUUUUAGCCUUUUUCUCCUAUGCGACAGAACCGAUUUUCAAAAACUACAAAGUGUUUUCGUCCUUGGCAUAGUAGUAACAUUGUAUAAAAAUAUCAUCAACAUCAGAGCGGUUCUUCUCAGGUUGUAGGUGAUCAUAUGAUUAGCGGACGACAGACAGACGGACAUGAGUGACAUAGUUUUUUCAUGAUGUACCUCAUAGAAUUUUCGAAAAUUUUCGCGAUUACAAUAUUUACCCGUCAGUAGGCAUGGGAAGUAAAAGAAAAAACAACAUAUUGUGAAUGUUUAUAGCUAAAGAAAUGUGCAGGGGAUUUUAAAAAUAAUGUUUUUUGUGUGGCUAGCGAUUAUUUGAAUUAAAACGUUCACUUUUCGGCAAAAGAAGAUGAUCAUUUAUCAAUAAAUAAUUGUUAAAUUCACUUAUCGAAAAUCCCUUACGUAUUUAUCUCCCAAAUGUUAUUUUAAGGGUAUUCAAAAAAAUCGAAUGAAGAGAAUGACAAUCGUUCGAGUGAUCCUGCGUGUCGUAUCGAGAAAAACGAUAGGGUGUCGCGAUUUUUAAAUAUUUUUUAUGAUUACUGUCUUUUUUGUUACUUAAAUAUAUGCUCAAUUACUUCCUCCAGUGUUAUUUCAUUACCAUUCCACACCAAGAAUGGGUGUGGUGUUGCCCCUUAAAUGUUUGUCUGUUUCAAAGGUAAUAUUAUCAAGUUAGAAAUAAACCCGUUCUUAGGUCUGCUAGUUAUAUGUUCUUUAUUCAAGGCAACACACAUCAAGACAGGCAUCCACUACUGUCUUCGAAGGAUACAUGGUUUCAGGCUAUCCAAUACCAAAUGCAUGGCAUUUGUAGAGCUGUGGAAGAAACUAAGUCAUUCCAACAUUGUACAACUUAAGGAGGUGUUUACUACAAAGGCGUUCGGAGACAACUCGAUGAUCUUUGUCUACGACUACCACCCGGGUUGCGAGACCCUACUAAGCCGCCAUUUCUCGCCUGACCAAUCCGGGUACUCCGACCCGUUCAUCAACGACACUAGUACCCCGAGGCCGUACAGUUACCAGAAAAACAAUCUGCUCAGGCACACACAGAACAACAAAUUGCCGGAACCGCUCAUCUGGAACUACAUCAUUCAACUCACUUCGGCGCUGAGAGUCAUACACUCAUCAGCGUUAGCUUGCCGUAGUCUCGAUCCUACUAAGAUCAUUAUCAAUUCCAGAAACAGGCUUCGACUGAGCUGUCUAGGCGUCAUGGAUGUCGUGAUGCACGAAACGAACUCGACUAUCAACCACGUUACUCUCAUCCAACACUACCAACAAGAAGAUCUGACUUCAUUAGGAAAGCUGGUGCUCGCAUUGGCGUGCAAAUCCACCGUGGCGGUGCAGAGGGAGAACAUGUCCACGGCACUGGAUCUGGUCGGCAGAACGUACACACCUGAUCUUAGGAAUCUCAUUAUGUACCUGUUGGCUUCACAACAGCGUCGCAGCGUUACGGAUCUAAUGCCUAUGAUAGGAGCACGUUUCUAUACGCAAUUAGAUCUUUUACACCAACAUGCAGACUCUUUGGACGACGAACUAUCUAAAGAAGUGCAGAAUGGCAGACUAUUCAGGCUGAUGGUCAAACUUAGCAUGAUUAACGAACGUCCGGAUUUCAACAUGGAAAGCACAUGGUCGGAGACAGGUGAUAGGUAUAUGUUGAAACUAUUCAGAGAUUACGUUUUUCAUCAAGUGAAUGAGGAUGGAAACCCUUGGCUUGAUAUGGCGCACGUUGUUCAAUGCCUCAAUAAGCUAGAUGUUGGAACUCCAGAAAAGAUCAGUUUGAUAUCUCGGGACGAACAAAGUGUACUGGUAGUAUCCUAUGCUGAACUGAAACAUUGCCUAGAACAAUCAUUCGGAGAGUUGGCAAAUUCGUCGAUGCUCCACCAUGACCUGUCGGGAACGACCAUUGUUCCCGAAUGAACCUGCGGGAAUCCCAAGGACACCCUGCGUGUUCAACCUUAGUGAUGGUUCACCAAAAAUAUGUGCUGUUUUCAAUAAUAUUUAGAAUAUUGUACAGAAGCCGUAUAUUAGUACGGCGGUCCCCAGGCACAAAAAUAUUAUUGAAAGCAAUGUUCCAUUUUUUAAUUACAGGAUAGAUAUUAUUUUGCAUAAGUUAUAUUUUUCUUUAUAAAAAUGUACGAAUAAAAAUGAGAUAAUUAUAUAA